AUGGAGAACGAAGGCGACUGGUCCUGUGACGCCAAUGACGCCGUCCAAAUCACAUUGGUUCAAACCGGCGAACAGAAACCCAAGACCCUCUCGAGCUUCCAUCCUCAAUUCACAUACCCGAUUUUUGGCGAUGAAGAGCGCAUCUUUGGUUACAAGGGCUUAAUUAUCCGCCUGCGCUUUGCGGCCCACGAUCUUCGCCCGCAUGUCCAUAUCUCUUACGAUGAGAAGUUCAAGCCUGUAGAAGAUACGGAGGCACUCGACCUCCUGGGCACAUUGAAGCCUUGGGUCCCGGAAGAGGCGUUCACCACUCUCCCCGAGUACGAAAAGGCCGUUCAAGAGGAUGAGGAUGCGAAGAAUUUUGUGCCCCCGGGAAAGCUCGUUCAUUCAUAUGUCACUCAGGAUAGGUCCUAUGAGAUCUGGGCGGGGUCGCUGGCUGACCCGCAAGUCCGAAAGCUCUUGGAUCGCGCCCAGGUUUUCGUUUCCCUCUUCAUCGAAGCCGGAACUCCCCUGGAAACUGAUGACCCCGAGUGGACUCUCGAAAGAUGGACAGUCUACUUCGUGUAUGAAAAAGUGACUCCCCCGGCGCCAACCGCCUCACAAUAUUCCAUCGUGGGAUACGCAACAACCUAUCGUUGGUGGUACUACAACAGAGACUCGUCGCAAGCGCCCACCGUCAGUCAGGAUACAUUUCCAGCACCCGCAGUUCGCCCCGGGGAGCUACCAUCUCGACUUCGGAUCGCCCAGUUCCUGAUCCUCCCACCCCACCAAAGCUCCGGCCACGGCACCCAUCUUUACACAACCAUCCAUUCCGCAUGCGUCGAUGACUCGACCAUCGUGGAGUUGACCGUUGAAGAUCCCAAUGAAGCUUUUGAUGCUCUCCGUGACACCACCGACUACCACAUCCUUCGCCCUGAAUUCCUCAAGCAUAGUGUCAACAUCAACCCCGACCCUUACCAAGCACACACCAAGAACCAACGGCCGCGCUUGGUCCCCACCGCUGCCCUCAUCCCCACCAAGCUUCUCCAUGACAUCCGCAUGUCUUAUAAGAUUGCCCCGACCCAGUUUGCGCACAUCUUGGAGAUGUUUCUCCUUAGCCAGAUCCCGUUGAAGAACCGCCACGCUGGUGGAGCAAACAUGGCGCGACUAUUGGUCAAGAAGCACAAGACAGAGAACCCCCACGAAAGGCGAUACUACUGGUGGCGCAUGCUCAUUAAGCAGCGCCUUUACAAGCGUUCUCGGGAUGUGCUGAUCCAAUUGGACUUGACUGAUCGUAUUCAGAAACUCGAAGAGACCGUGACAAAUGUCGAGGAAGGUUACGAGGGUCUGCUCCAGGCCUUCACUCAGCGCGAAGAUGACCUGAAAGCCAAGGAAGACGAAGAAGCCACCGAACUCGCUGGGUCAACCGCACUUGGAAAGGACCAGCGAGUCAAGCGAAAGUUCACAGUAGCCGAUGAAGAUGAGGAUGAGGAUGAGGAUGAGAGCGAAGCAGCGGCAGCCAAAAAGGCAAAGGUGUAG